AGUUUCCAGAGUGGAGACAUUCUCGAGAAGUCGACGGCCACCAGAAAGCAGGGGUUGGUGGCCCGUGCGACAUACGUGGAGUUAGGGAGUGGACAAGUUUACAGCUACAGGAGGAGCUAGCAACUGCAUCAAGAUUGAAUUGUAUCUCGCCCAUAAUUUAUCACGCCAUCUCACGACCGCCCAGGACGCUGCGAGAAAAGAGCGAGGAUCAGUGCGGUACAGACAAGACACGACCCCUUGCAUAACCUGGACCAGUAGCCAGAAUGCGCCUGGAUGUCAAGAGACAGCUCUUUGCCCGCUCCGAGCGAGUGAAGGGCAUUGACUUCCAUCCUACCGAGCCAUGGAUUCUCACUACCCUUUACAGCGGCCAUGUAUACAUCUGGUCAUACGAGACACAAGCCAUCGUCAAGACAUUCGAACUCACCGACGUGCCCGUACGAGCUGGUCGCUUCAUCGCACGCAAGAACUGGAUCGUCUGCGGUUCCGAUGACUUCCAACUACGCGUCUACAACUACAACACCUCCGAGAAGAUCACAUCCUUCGAGGCACACCCCGACUACAUCCGAGCAAUCGUCGUCCACCCCACACAACCCUUCGUCCUGACAGCCUCAGAUGACAUGACAAUCAAGCUUUGGGAUUGGGAGCGUGGAUGGAAGUGCGUCCAGGUCUUCGAGGGCCACAGCCACUACGUUAUGGGUCUGGCCAUCAACCCCAAGGACACCAACACCUUCGCCUCGGCAUGUCUGGACCGCACCGUCAAGAUUUGGAGUCUGGGCUCUAGCACCGCCAACUACACUCUCGAUGCACACGACACUAAGGGCGUCAACCACGUUGAUUACUACCCUCAAUCCGACAAGCCUUACUUGCUCACUACCUCGGACGACCGCACUGUCAAGAUUUGGGAUUACACAACCAAGGCUCUGAUCGCAACCCUCGAGGGUCACACCAGCAAUGUCUCGUUCGCAUGCUACCACCCCGAGUUGCCCGUUAUUAUUUCCGGUUCCGAGGAUGGCACCGUCAAGAUCUGGCACGCAAACACAUACCGUCUUGAACAAUCGCUCAACUAUGGUCUGGAACGUGCCUGGUGUGUUAGCUACCAGCGCGGCCGUCAGGGCAUCGCCAUGGGUUUCGACGACGGUGCUGUUGUUGUCAAGAUGGGUCGUGAAGAGCCUGCCGUAUCUAUGGACAACUCUGGAAAGAUCAUCUGGGCCCGCCACAACGACAUUCUUACCGCUGUCAUCAAGGGUGGAGACAAGUCUCUCACUGAUGGCUCCCCUCUCACUCUUCCCUCCAAGGAUCUUGGUUCUACCGAAAUUUACCCUCAAACUCUCAUCCACUCUCCCAAUGGCCGUUUCGUUGCUGUUUGCGGUGAUGGCGAAUACAUCAUCUACACUGCUCUUGCAUUGAGAAACCAGGCCUUCGGCUCGGCUCUUGACUUCGCUUGGGGAUCAAAGGAGAACGACAAGGAUUACGCUAUUCGCGAGUCUUCAAUGUCUGUCAAGACUUUCCGCAAUUUCAAGGAGAAGGCAGUUCUCGAUAUUGGUUUCCAGGCAGAGGGUCUCAGUGGUGGUGUUCUGCUCGGUGUCAAGGGUCAGGGUGGUAUUGGCUUCUUCGACUGGGAGUCAGGCCAGCUUGUCCGCAGAAUUGAAGUCGACCCCAAGAACGUUUACUGGUCAGAAAGCGGCGAGCUUGUUACCCUUGCUUGCGAGGAUACUUUCUACGUCCUUCGCUUCUCUCGCGAGGAGUACCAGACUGCUCUCCAGAAUGGUGAGGUUGACGAGGAUGGCGUUGAGGCCGCUUUCGAGGUCGUCACCGAUGUCAAUGAGAGCGUCCGCACUGGUCAGUGGGUUGGCGACUGCUUCGUCUACACCAACAGCACUAACCGCCUGAACUACCUUGUUGGUGACCAAACCUACACCAUCUCACACUUCGACUCUCCCCACUACGUCCUUGGUUAUAUUCCCCGCGAUGGCCGUGUCUACGUUGCCGACAAGGACGUUCAGAUUGUCUCAUUCGCUCUCUCACUAUCAGUCAUCGAGUACCAAACGCUCGUGCUGCGUGGCGAUCUCGAUUCCGCUAACGAGAUGCUCGCUGAUAUUCCCGAGGAUCAAAAAUCAAAGAUUGCUCGCUUCCUUGAGGGCCAAGGUUACAAGGAGCAAGCCUUGGAAGUCGCCACUGACUCUGAGCACCGCUUCGAGCUUGCACUUAGCCUGAACCAACUCGAGAUUGCCCUCGAGCUUGCUCGCGAGGCUGAUGUCGAGCAUAAGUGGAAGACCGUCGGUGACGCCGCCCUCACAGCCUGGAACAUGCGUCUUGCAGAGGAAUGUUUCACACACGCCAAGGACAUGGGCAGUCUGCUUUUGCUCUACACUUCAAGCUGCAAUGAAGCCGGUCUGAGGAAGCUCGCCCAACAGGCCGACGACGCUGGUGCUCGUAAUGUAGCAUUCAGCUGUUUGUGGCAAGUUGGUGAUCUCAACGCAUGUAUCGACCUCUUGAUCCGCACCGACCGUACCCCCGAAGCCGUCCUUUUCGCCCAAACCUACCUACCCAGCCGGGCGGCCGAGAUCACCAAGCAGUGGAAGCAAGGACUCGAGGCAAAUGGCAAGGCAAAGGUCGCCAGACUAUUGGGCGUACCGCCCACCGACGGUGAGGGCGACGCAGACCUCUUCCCCGAAUGGGACUCAUAUCUUCAACUCGAAAAAGAUGGUGGCAACAAGAGCAACGAUCUGAUCGACGUUGGCGAUGACGCCGAGGCCGAGGUCGAGGAGCAAGAAGAUGAAGUCGCAGAAGAUGGCGAGGAUGUUGAGGAGGCAGAGGAAAAGGCAACACCUGUUGCCGCAGACGAGGCUGACGAGCCCGCAUCACCGCAGACGGAUACAGAGGUUUAGAUGGUUCUGUAACGAGAGGGGGGCUCAAACUCAUUGAAUGGCAGACGGCGCAAGUAUUGGGAAUAAGAAAUGAAAGGUUAUGUUUUUUGUUCUUCUAUUAAUCCUCCUGAAAGACGUCUUUGAUUUGGCCUUCUUAUUCGCGUGAGCUAGAGAUGAAAUGACA